UGAAAGUAGCGGGUGUUGUCCUGACUUCCCAAACGUAACACAUAUUAGUUGUGUGCGUAUACGAUCAACACUGUGCGUGUUGCUGUAAUACUCGUGUCUUUUGUUCAAGAGCUCGUGAUUACACCUGUAUCCAUAACUUUUAAUUGAUUACAUAGAUUAAAAUUACAACGUUGUUUUAGUGUGUUGACUUAAAAGAUCUGAGAUGGCCUCGGCACAUGAUACUCCAACAUUAGGUAAGUAAGCUUAGGUUCACUUCAAUGAUAACCUGACGAUUGUCAGUAGUUCCAAGUGUAAGCCUUGGUUCUCUUGAAUGAUAAUCCGACGAUUGUCAGUAGUUCCAACUGUAAGCUUAGGUUCUCCUCAAUGAUAGCCCGACGAUUGUCAGUAGUUCCAAGUGUAAGCUUAGGUUCUCCUCAAUAAUAACCUGACGAUUGUCAGUAGUUCCAAGUGUAAGCUUAGGUUCUUCUCAAUGAUAUCCUGACGAUUGUCAGUAGUUCCAACUGUAAGCCUUGGUUCACUUGAAUGAUAACAUGACGAUUGUCAGUAGUUCCAAGUGUAAGGCUUGGUUCUCUUCAAUGAUAACCUGACGAUUGUCAGUAGUUCCAAGUGUAAGGCUUGGUUCUCUUCAAUGAUAACCUGACGAUUGUCAGUAGUUCUAAGUGUAAGGCUUGGUUCUCUUCAAUGAUAACCUGACGAUUGUCAGUAGUUCCAAGUGUAAGCCUUGGUUCUCUUCAAUGAUAACCUGACGAUUGUCAGUAGUUCCAAGUGUAAGGCUUGGUUCUCUUCAAUGAUAACCUGACGAUUGUCAGUAGUUCCAAGUGUAAGGCUUGGUUCUCUUCAAUGAUAACCUUACGAUUGUCAGUAGUUCCAACUGUAAGCCUUGGUUCUCUUGAAUGAUAACCUUACGAUUGUCAGUAGUUCCAACUGUAAGCCUUGGUUCUCUUGAAUGAUAACCUUACGAUUGUCAGUAGUUCCAACUGUAAGCCUUGGUUCUCUUGAAUGAUAAUCCGACGAUUGUCAGUAGUUCCAAGUGUAAGCUUAGGUUCUCCUCAAUGAUAACCUGACGAUUGUCAGUAGUUCCAAGUGUAAGCUUAGGUUCUCCUUAAUGAUAACCUGACGAUUGUCAGUAGUUCCAAGUGUAAGCUUAGGUUCUCCUCAAUGAUAACCUGACGAUUGUCAGUAGUUCCAAGUGUAAGCUUAGGUUCUUCUCAAUGAUAUCCUGACGAUUGUCAGUAGUUCCAAGUGUAAGCCUGUGUUCACUUGAAUGAUAAAAUGACGAUUGUCAGUAGUUCCAAGUGUAAGCCUUGGUUCUCUUCAAUGAUAACCUGACGAUUGUCAGUAGUUCCAAGUGUAAGCCUUGGUUCUCUUCAAUGAUAACCUGACGAUUGUCAGUAGUUCCAACUGUAAGCCUUGGUUCUCUUCAAUGAUAACCUUACGAUUGUCAGUAGUUCCAACUGUAAGCCUUGGUUCUCUUCAAUGAUAACCUUACGAUUGUCAGUAGUUCCAAGUGUAAGUGAAUUAAAGAAAAAAAAAACGCCUUUAAGGGACCAUGUUUUUACUCAGGAUGGAGGAGGAUGGUUCCAACUCAGCAAAACAUUUCAUUCUCAUCUUGCUUAUACUUUAUAACUCAUAUUUUAUAUAGGUGAAACUGAAGAGGAGGUGCUUGGAGUCGCGGCAGUCUUGGAAGAUGGCCGGAGUAGAGGUUCCAAUCAACAAAACCACGUCCUUAGUUUCAAGAUUACUAAAAAUGGUGAGUUUGAGGGGCUGCCAGAUCCGCUCAACACACCAGAUAUGUCUUCUCUGAUCAGACACAUGUCUCGUCUUACCGGCAAAAUCAAAGUCGGGACGGUGCACUGUACGGGAUUUGUACAAGCCGUGCGGCAGGGAAUUUUCCCGAAAUGCCCUGGCAGGAUGUGUCCGGAAAACCACCAAAAUGGCGGUAGAGGUUACAUACUGACCGUGACGACGGCACUUCACGUCGUGGAGAAAGCUACUGACCAGUGUCCUGCAAAGGUGAAACUAUCUUGGCAUCAAGACGGCCGUCCUCACCAACUGACCGCCCACCUGUGCAGCGUUGUCGACACGGACAAAGAUUGCAGCGAGAAAGAUUGGUGUGCGGUGGAAUUCAUCACCCACAACACUGAAACAGUGGCGAAACUGAAAGAAAAUUUGGAAGAGUUCCAAGAAUCACAAGGUAACCUCUACAGAGAAUACAAGAGAAAUAAAGGUGACCAGCUGGUCAUCAUUGUGUCGUAUCCAAACGGGGGCGCUAAACAGUUGAGUUACUGCCCGAAGUUCUACAAGAGGGAGCACGUAAAAUACGUCAGGGAAGAUCAGGAGUCGUGCCGUUACUCGUAUGGCGCCCCGACGUCUGAGGAAAGCCGCGGCGCCCCGGUCUUUAUACUCGGGCAGCCCUUGUGCGGGUACGGCUACUGGCUGGGACACCCACACAUCCACAGCCGCUCAACUGGAGCCAUCGGUCACAGUUCGCUGGGGAACGAUCACGUAGACAGAGAAUAGGUCGUAAGAACACUUUUCUGUCUAGUUCCCGUCAAAAUCUCAAUGAGAUUUUUGUUUCCCGGAACUCAUUUCAGCUGCGUGAUGUAUCAUGGAAAUAUUUGGCUGAUUAACUCAUGUAUCUAAUAGUAUAUCAUUAGACAGUUAGAAUAGUGCAGCUGUGUAAAACAUAAUCACGUGACUGAUCUGUGCCAAAAUGUGACCAAAAUAUGUUUGGGAUCAGUUUUCAUAACGAUCUUAAGUGCAACCUGCGGCUUAUGAUAAGCACAGGUCCUAAAAAGAUUGACUCGUAUUAUUUAUCAGGCAGGCCAUCAGUAUAAUUGAAUUCUUCAACAUUUUCCUCUAUUGGAUGAAGAUGUAGUAUUAUUAUCAAACUGUGAAGUGAAAAAAAACGAAGUCCUCCACAAACCGAAUGUGAAUAGGCCACAACAGUUUUUGUGUUAAUUUACGAUAUGUGCAGAAGGUGUGAGUGACUGAGUUUCAUGGUCGAAAUACCUAAGGCAUUUCGACCUCAAAUUAAUGUUUUGAAAAUUAAUUGAACAUAGAUUUUUUAACUGAGACAAUUUUAGAAUAAAACAAUAAUAUUAAACAAAUCGUGACGUCACAAU